AUGCCUCCAAAGUCGAAGAGAAGAUCAACUAAAAAGAAGACCCCUGCAAAAGCGUCUGUUGCUGACGAAGCAGCAGAGGAGAUGGAUGAAACACGAUCGGAUCAUGGAGAUUAUUCAUUAGAAAAGACGGAAAAUAUCAAUGAUGAUGAUAAUAUGAAUAGUGAUGAUGAUAUUAAUAACAACAACAAUCAUGAAGAAAAAGAUGAUACAAUUACAACAACGCCAAAACGAGCACGAAGGAAACCAAUAUUUGAUCCGUCUGAUGUGAAUCACUCAAAAGCAGAAAGUUCUUCCGUUGAAGAUUUGGACGAUACAGAAUUGACUUCAUCCGAAAAGAAAAGAAAAAGAGCAAUUUCAGAAGAAAAUGAUGACGACACUGAUGACGGCAAUACGGUCACGGAGCCAAUAGAUUGGACAAACAAGGACGUUCUUGAAGAGUUGUCCAUUGGAGUGCUGCAAGAAGAAGUCAAGAGAAGAAGCAUGCCUAUCAAAGGUAAUAGAAAAGCUCUCAUCAACAAGAUACUGAAGUCAAACACAGAUUUUGACACUGAGGACUCUGAGGAGGGAAUAGAAACAACAUCAAAGACUGUCACAAAGGGUACAAAACUAGUUUCCCCAGAAAGCGUUUUUUCAAAAAGCUAUACACCUUCCAAAAAGUCACAAGGAAAGAGAGAGAAGCCAUUUGAUCCAAGAGAUGCUGAGACAUGGACUUUGGCAGAGUUAAGAGAAUAUUUAAGGGCUAUUGGUAUUAAUGCAUACGAUAAUAAGCAAAAAAUUAUGGAACGAUACAUGCCAACAAUCAAAGCUAACCUAAGAAAGAUUUAUGGAGACAGUAGUGGUGGAAGUAGUAGUAAUGCCUCCAGUAGUACGGAGACAGCAAUUCCAAAGCCAAAACCACCGACACAAGUUAAAAAAGGAGCCUCAAAGAAAUUAGCUGUAGAGCAAAAAGAAACUCCUAAAAAACAAACCAACAAAGAAUCACACAAACCUCCCACAAAGAAAGACCAAAACAAUGUGACUAGACAGGAUGGUAGAUUAAAUCAAACAGUCUCAGAAAAACAGCCUACUGUCGAUGAAGUUCCACCAACCUCUUUUCGUUCAACACAUUCAUUUGAAAUAGUUGAUGAGGCAAUUGGUCCUACGAUUACAAGAUCCAUGCCGUUUUUUGCAGAUCCAUCCAUCCAUAAAUCAUUUGAACUGAGUUAUAGACGAAAACAUUUAGUGCAGAAAGUUGAUCAACGUCAGAUUAAUCCAUAUUUUUCCCAACUGACAUCUAGUUACUCAUUUAUUUCCAACAGACGAACUAAGAAAACAUUACCUGAAGCGUACGAAAUUCCUGAUUCUGAGCACACUAUCAAAGAUCCUGUGCUCGAUCGAAUAGUUAAAGAGGAAAUGGAAAAGAAUUCAAAAGAUGAUUUGUCACUUGUAAAAUGUAUUGAAGCAUGCUCAGAGAAAGAAGAUUUUGGAGAAAAAGAAAAUAUUUCUACACUUUGUGGGCUUCACAAAUGCACAUCACUGGAAACAAUUAUCAUACAAGGUACUCGAAUUUCUUCAAUUUUUCCAUUAUCCAAAUUGGAAAAGCUCAAGCAGGUUUUUUUGGCUAGAAAUAGGAUUGCCAGCUUGGAACAUCUUCCUCCAUUUGCUGAAACUGUUAAUUUAUCUUUCAAUGUCAUACGAUCCCUAAGAUUUCCUUCCUCCCUUUGUGACACUCUAGUAUAUCUAAAUUUAAGUUAUAACCACAUGUUUGACGUCGAUAAUGUGUCAAUAACCUCCAUAUGUAGCCUAUGCGCCUUAAAAGAAUUGGACUUAUCUGGAAACAGCCUUACAGAUGCCUCUGUAGCUCCCUUAGCAAACGCUAAAUUCAAAAAGACUCUACAAUCCUUGCGCUUGAACAACAACUACAUUACAAAUCUCUCAUUCCUCACAAAAUAUUACAAGGUAUCUGAGUUUUUAUGCAGCUCCAAUUUCAUCCUUGAUCUCACUCCUCUAGUUCAUUUACGAUCUAUAUCAGAAAUAUUUCUGGAUGAUAAUCCUCCUCUCUUACUCUCACUACAUAUUCAUUGUAAAACUGUUGAUUGGGACAGUGUUAAACUUUCGGAUGCACAACUUGUGGAAUAUCAAGCGAAAGGGCAGUCGAAUUUACAAUUCAUAUACAUGCUUUUGAGAGAAUCUGUUCGAGUUGUGGUAUAG